GCCUUUAGUAUCCUCGGACAAACUCAUGUGGGCCAGUUUUCAGCCCAGUCAGUCCUCGAUUCACCCAGGAUGAACUCCACCCUGCUCCCGGAGUUCCUCAGUGACUUGCCGGCAUGUGCGGCUCAAUGCUUCGAAACUGCCAUGAAUGCCAGCUCCUGCGCCACGUCCGACCGAUGGUGUAUUUGUACGGGUGAAAGCCUCCUCGAGAGUGCAAUUGGAUGCUACAGUCUAUCCUGCCCUCCGAAGGAGAGCUUGUCCUCAACGAACUAUACUCGCGCAGCCUGUGGAAUUCACGAAGAGAGCAAAGCUAGCUUGACGCCUGCACUCGCCGGGUCACUGGGCAUGUUGGCCUUGAUCAUGACCUGCCUGCGAGUGUCACAACGUACGAUGAUGAAGCAUUCUUUCGGCUGGGACGAUGGUCUGAUAGUGAUGGCCAUGGGUUGCGCUGCAAUUUUGAACCUCAUGGCGUUUCCUAUGCAAAAACACGGCCUUGGAACCAACAUCUGGACCAUCCCCUUCGAAGACAUUACCACUCAGCUCAAGCUUCUCCUGAUCGCCGAGAUCUUCUACAUGCCCGCCGAAGCCUUGACCCAGCUAUCCUUCCUAGCCUUCUACCUCCGCAUCUUCCCUCCCGGCCAUUUCUGCUACAUCGUUUACGCCCUGGCUGCCAUCUCAGUCUGCUUCGGCAUCUCCAACACCCUGAUCAUGAUCUUCCAAUGCCUUCCAGUCUCUUACUUCUGGAACAGCUGGUCCGGGGAGGCAACUGGCAGCUGCAUCAACAUCAGCACCUAUUCGUGGUACCGAGCCGCCAUGCAAAUCGCCAUGGAUCUGUCCAUCAUCGCACUACCCAUCUAUCCACUCUCAAAGCUCGCGUUGAGCCGUCGGAAGAAGACCCUCGUCUUGUUGAUGUUCUGCACGGGGUUUCUAAUCACCGUGGUCAGCUGUCUCCGGCUCCAAUCACUCAUUCGCUUUUCCAAGUCCGCCAACAUAAGCAUGGACAAUAACCCCGCCAUCUACUGGAGUAUGGUGGAAUGCGACGUGGCGAUCGUAUGCGCUUGCAUGCCCUGUCUGCCCGCGCUGCUGAAACCACUACUCCCCGCAUGCUUUGGAUCGCGGUAUUAUGCCACCACUGAUGAGCAGACACCCCCAGUCAAGUUGGAGAGAAUUCGCAGGAAGGAUGAGUUUAGUGUUUUGUCGACGGCGGUGUCAGAGGAUGCUUUGAUGGCUAGUCGGGGUUGAGAGGGGGGAAUGGUUGUAAAACGGAUGACGGACAAGCUUGUUGAAUCUAUGUUGGUCACUAAAGAAGAAAAGAACAUGGAUACUGUCGGGGUUUCAAAGUGCACUUUCGUGGUAUGGCAUGGAUCAGCGGUACUCACGCCAGCGAUCCCUGGUCGCUUUGAAACUCUCCGUCCUAGGACCCUUCACCAGACUCCCCUAGUCUUGAUAGCAGUUUAUCGUAGUUUAAAUCCUGUGCAACCGUCAGUCGGGGAGGGAAGACAUGCCUACACUUGAUUGCUGACAGAUUUA